AUGGUACGGCUGCAUACACUCAAGAUCGACCCACCGCUCCUGAAUAGCUCGUGCGCGUGGGCGUCCGACCUCGAACAGCUGCGCGAGCUGUACGAGUGUCCCUCUACGGGCGCAGUCACCACGCGCACGGCGACGCUGGAUGGGUUUGAGGAGGGCCCGGGAAUCGGGGUCGUGUUCACCACGGACGGGCUCUCGACGCUCAACACGUAUGGUUACUCCCCGCAUCCGCUUGGGACGUACCUCGAGUGGAUCUACGCGUUGCUCACCGCGCCCGCCUCCCCCACUCGUCCGCACCGCAAGCCUUUCAUCCUCAGCAUCACCUCCGCGCUCCCCGCAGAGCUUACCACGAUGCUCACGCAAAUCCAGGCACUGCGUUCACGGCUGCGCGCCGCGCUCGCGCGCGACGGGGCCAUGAACGGCUAUGCGGACGCAGAGGACGACCCCGCGGCACUGCUGGCGGUCGAACUCAAUACCUCAUGCCCAAAUAUUCCGGGCAAGCCUCCGCCGUCGUAUGCGCUCCACACGCUUGCGCCACUGCUCGCCGUCCUAGGGGCCUUUGCACGUGCGGACCUCUCCCUCGCGCUCGGCCUCAAGCUCCCGCCGUAUCCGGAUCCGAGCGCAGCGACGGGCAUCGUCGCGUGCCUCCAUGAGUUUACCUACACUUCUGCUGGUGAGGGUCCGCUCAGCCCCUUCGCCUUCCUCACCUGCACGAACACGCUCGGCUCGAGCCUCCUCUUCGCCUCGCAGGUCCAGUCUGAGUUCGAGCCCACGUCCCCCACUGCCGCGCUGGCCCCCGCGCUGCCCCCCGGGCUCGGCGGGCUCGGCGGCGCGCUGAUUCAUCCCCUCGCGCUCGGCACGGUCUUCGCGCUCUCGCGUGCACUUGCGGCGCACCCCAGCGCUGCCGUGCGCAACGUGGGUAUCAUCGGCGUCGGCGGUGUGCUCGACGCCCCAGGAGCACGCCGAAUGCGUGCUGCCGGUGCGACCGCUGUCGCGUGCGCGACUGCACUCGGGGCACGGGGGGUAGGGGUGUUUGCGGAGAUCAGACCGGGGGUGGAAGGGUGA